AUUGAAAAACAGUAGAAGUAAGGCUUAAAAACACUUUUCAACUCUGCUGACUCUCACCCUCUCACUUGUAGCCCUAGUUUUCAACUGCCCUAAUUCUCUCUCUCUCUCUCUCUCUCUCUCUUUAAUUUAUUUGGAGUUUUCAUUUUUCCUUCUCAUUUCCACAAUUCUCUCUUACUUCACAUUUCUCUCAAUAUCUCUUUUUUUCCCCCUUCUGAUCGGAAAAAGUUACCGCCGGUUACCGUAAAUUAUGGAAUGGGCUACAGGAAGUUUCAGACCGUUUGUUUCUCGAGCUCCUGAAUCUUCGUUUGGGUUUCUUUAUAACUAUAAUCUUGAACAAUUUCAGGUUUCAGGCGUAGAUGUGAAGCAUUCGGCCAUGGCGGGGGCGUCGGAGACAGUGCUGCAAGGGUUGGUUCCAGGGAUGGAUAUGAACAGCUACGGGAAUUUGGAGAAGAAGAAGCGGCUGAGCAGCGAGCAGCUUGAGUCGCUCGAACGAAGCUUCCAGGAGGAGAUCAAGCUCGAUCCCGACCGUAAACAGAAGCUGUCAAAGGAACUUGGUCUGCAGCCUCGUCAGAUCGCAGUUUGGUUUCAGAACCGUCGUGCAAGGUGGAAGGCAAAGCAACUCGAGCAUCUCUAUGAUACUCUCAAACAGGAGUUUGAUGCCAUUUCUAGAGAGAAACAUAAGCUUCAAGAAGAGGUAAUGAAGCUGAAGAGCAUGCUGAGAGAGCUUCAAGCUGCAAGGAACCAAGUGUCAACGGUGUACACCGACUUGUCGGGGGAGGAGACAGUGGAAAGCACCUCGGUAGGAGCUGGCUGCUCGAGCAAGCCAAGACCGGUAGCUGCAGCAGCAGCCGUGGCAGCGGCAAACCACUACACGACGCCACCAGAGCAAUGCAACUAUGUGUUUAACACUGAGGAGUACAACCCUAUGUCCCCAGCUUUCUGGGGUUCUCUCCCAUCCUCUUACCAUCCCCAGUAGACUUUGUGUGCUUUAAUUCGUCCCUUUUGCCCUUUUUUGCUUUUUUUUUUUUUUAAAAUCAAGUUUUAAUGUCUCCCAACUUAGUUUCUUUCUUUCUUUUUUCUUUUUUUUUUUUCUUUUUUUGAAGAAAAAGUUAAGAUUGUGAAGUGAGAGUUUAAAUUAGGGUUUAGAGAAUACUUUUGAAAUUUGACAGUGUUUCUAAUAUCAUAUCCUGGAGUCUAGAGAUCCGUUUGGACAGUUCAGAUCAUACCACCUCAAAUCUGGUUUUGAAUUUAUAUAUAUAAAUAUAUGAGGGGGAAAAAUUUAAGAAAUAACUUAUGGGAAAAAGAAUUAUUAAGAAAGAGUUGAGGUUAUAUGAUCUGAACUUUCUGUGCUGAUCUAAGAAGAUCCCAGUUUAAUAAAAUUGAACUUCUCUUUUGUGUUCACUAA